UAUUGUUAUUCAGUUGUUUGUCACAGUUGCCUUGCCUGCUGUGCGGUGGAGACGCGUCCCGACAAUAUUAUAGACGCUACAGUCACCGUUUAUUAAAAGAUCGACAUUUGCUGGGUUGUUUCGCUUUUACCUCUCAGGAAGCCGGUACUGAAACAAAUCUGCCAGCGACAUACAGAUGCGACAUUGCCCUUCGAUGCAUUUUCACAUUGCUGGACCCCGUCAGUCGCCUUGUCGGUGGCUUUUCGUUAAUAAGGGGUCGUCUGCAGCCGAACGAACGGGAUCCCUGUGUCACUCGACGCGCGCUUUCGCUCUUUCGGACCCGGCGUCGUCCCCCCCCGGCAGGAGCUUCCCUCUCCUCCCGCUCGCUUCCCACCUGCUUUUCGUGUUUUCCUGUUUUCGGGAGCAAGCCGACGCUCUAAGAGAGUGCUGGGGGAAAGAAUACUCUUAAGAGGCCCAGCACCGUCACGCUGAAUAGCAAAAUGACAGAAAAUACGCAUCAGUUCGUUUGAGCGGCAGCCUGCGAUCAUGCGAUCAUUCAAUCAAUGUACCAGUCGGCUGGAGGAUCCUGCAUUUUAGCGAAUCAAGUAAACAAAAAGGAGCCCGAAAUAGUGCACUGGACCUUUCUUUACACUUGUUUCGCGGGGUGUCUUAAAAUUGUGUUUGUUCAAAUGUGCCGCACGUUUAGGUGGCACUUUGUUCAUCUGACACCUUGUGUUGCGGCUGGCGGUGCGUCGGGGCGCCGCUGCCCUCUUUAGAAAACACUGUUAUCAAUCAGGAAUCCGGAGUAGAUCCGGGGAGCCGCUCCGCGCCGCCCUCACGCUCACAUUCCGGGGAUAAUGCUUCACACAAAGGACGCUGGAGUUGCAAAUCUCAAAGACGGCCAGUUUUUCCUCAAAGUACUAAUCCCUAGCUAUGCUGCUGGAUCUAUAAUUGGGAAAGGAGGACAGACGAUAGUCCAGCUUCAGAAGGAGACCGGUGCCACCAUCAAACUGUCAAAAUCCAAAGACUUUUAUCCAGGUACCACAGAGCGCGUGUGCCUGAUCCAAGGCACAGUAGAGGCUCUGAAUGCUGUACAUGGCUUCAUCGCGGACAAGAUCCGGGAGAUGCCCCAGAAUGUGGCCAAGACGGAGCCUGUCAGUAUCCUGCAGCCCCAGACCACCGUAAACCCCGAUCGAAUCAAGCAGACAUUGCCAUCCUCCCCAACUACCACCAAGCCCUCUCCAUCUGAUCACAUGACCACCUCCAGGGCCAACCAGGUAAAGAUAAUAGUACCCAACAGCACUGCUGGGUUAAUAAUCGGGAAGGGCGGUGCGACCGUGAAGGCUAUAAUGGAACAGUCUGGGGCCUGGGUUCAGCUCUCCCAGAAGCCCGAUGGGAUCAACCUUCAGGAGAGGGUAGUGACCGUGAGCGGUGAGCCUGAACAGAACCGAAAAGCUGUGGAACUCAUCAUUCAGAAGAUCCAAGAGGACCCUCAGAGUGGUAGCUGCCUCAACAUCAGCUAUGCCAACGUCACUGGGCCGGUAGCUAACUCCAACCCGACCGGCUCCCCCUAUGCCAACACUGCCGAGGUGCUGCCCACGGCCGCCGCCGCUGCGGGGCUCCUGGGACACGCCAACCUAGCCGGGGUGGCAGCCUUUCCUGCCGUGCUGUCAGGCUUUACCGGGAACGACCUGGUGGCCAUCACCUCUGCACUCAACACUUUAGCCAGCUACGGGUAUAACCUCAACACCUUGGGGCUGGGCCUGAGUCAGGCGGCAGCCACUGGGGCUCUGGCUGCAGCGGCCGCGAGUGCUAACCCAGCGGCAGCAGCGGCAGCAAACCUGCUGGCCACCUAUGCGAGUGAGGCCUCGGCCAGCGGCGGCUCUGCGGGUGGCUCGGCAGGCACGUUCGCGUUAGGUAGCUUGGCAGCUGCCACUGCUGCCACCAACGGAUACUUUGGUGCUGCGGCGCCACUCGCGGCCAGCGCCAUCCUGGCCACCGAUAAGACCACGGACGGCUCCAAGGAUGUGGUGGAGAUCGCUGUGCCGGAAAACCUGGUAGGUGCAAUACUGGGGAAAGGAGGGAAAACACUAGUAGAAUACCAGGAAUUGACUGGUGCAAGGAUACAGAUCUCCAAAAAAGGGGAGUUUGUCCCUGGCACAAGGAACCGCAAGGUGACGAUAACUGGAACGCCGGCAGCUACACAGGCCGCUCAGUAUCUGAUAACACAGCGAAUCACUUAUGAGCAAGGGGUUCGAGCUGCCAACCCACAGAAAGUGGGUUAACACCUCGAUCUGCUCUAACG